GCACCUCCAUCAUGUCUCUAACUCUUGAAGUAGCCUCUGCCCCGUUCGACAAUACCAAAGCAAAUGUUAUUCUUCGCUCAUGCGACAAUACCGAUUUCUACGUGUACAAAGAGGUCCUCAUUCUUGCCUCCUCUUUCUUCGAGGACAUGUUCUCCCUUCAUCAACCUCAGGACGAUAUCAUUACCAUUCAAACGAUUACAACAGAUAGUCACCCAAUCAUCCCGGUUCAGGAAGACAAGGAGACUUUGGAUUAUCUCCUUCGUCUCUGUUACCCGAUUCUCCCUCCACAGCCCCUUACAGAUCUCUCAUUCGUGUCUAAAGUGCUACGUGCGGCUCUGAAGUACGACGUGAAUAAGGUCGUCUCGCUCAUGAAAGCAGACCUACGGUCUUUGGGUGUCCAAGACCCUCCUUGCAUGUUUGCAAUUGCUUGUCAGCUCCGGCUGGAGGAAGAAGCUAUUUUCUCAGCACGGACUUGGAGGGAGGAGGUGACAGAUUUAGACUACGGAUCUCUGGUAGCUAAGAGCUACCGGGAUGAAAUGAAUGAGAUCUCAGCAGGGGCGUUCUGCAGAUUUCUGAAGUUCGUCCGAUCAUCUGCGGACUCUGGACCACUCUGUGACCCGCCGACAUUGACAUCGUCACUGGCGGAGACAGACGAUCGCGAGUCUAAUUUCGAUCUCACCGUAGGGUCGAACAACACCACGGAGCCCUUUGACCUAGGAGAAAUCUAUCACCUCGUCCCCGAUGUCGUUUUGCGAUCCUCGGAUUCAAUUGACAUUCGUUGCCACAAGGCCAUCCUGAAGCUCGCAUCGCCAGACAAUGAGAUCCUUCGGCGCUGCUCUGGCGAUGUAGAAGGCGCGUUUCAAGAUGGAAUGCCGGUCGUAGAGCUCGAUGAGAAUGGAAUUAUUCUGAUCAAGCUGUUGCGAUUAUGCUAUCCGUUUGGUGAAGCACGUUUUCGAAACCGGAUAGACGCAAUGGAAAGCGCAGAUGGUACUACACCGUUUCAAACGGACCUAAAGGUUUUUGAUUCAGCUGCAAAGUAUCAAUUUGAGGAAGAUGUCCUGGCAGCGGCCAGAAUGAAGUGGAUGAACCACGUACAUUUGGAGCCACUACGCAUCUUCUUCCUGGCCGUCUUCCUUGGGCGGACUGCUGAAGCUCAACUGGCGGCAAAAGAGCUCGUAAUUCAGCAUAAGCCAUUAGAGAGCCUCGAUGUUGAGAAUGCCGAGUGGUGCGGUUCUGCCAGGUAUUAUCGACAACUAAUAACAUAUCUAAGACAAUACUCUGGUACGGGGCAAGGCAAUGACAUGGAAAAUGCUACCGCGUUCGCAACGGCAUCAGUUCCCGCUCCGCUUGUACUCGAUGCCUUGGGAAAGCUUCAUGCCAAAAUGCGCCUUAACAGCAAGUCCCAAACCGCAAAGGCUAUGGCGAGUAACGAAGCUGUCUGGGAGCUUGUGCGGGAGGGCCAGAGGAGCGGUAUCGAAGGUGCUGUCAUACCACCGAUCGAAUUAGACCCACUAAGCACUUGAAGUUGAUUGAUGAUCAUUGUCUACCCAAGCUGAAGGAUUUGGUAGAUGUUUUACCUUGGUGAAUGAUAAUGAUUGUUUCUCCAACCAGAUCUUCAUUCAACUGUUGGGGCUGUUGGGGCAACUUUGCAUUCUAUGGUGAUCACAUUUUGUGGUUAUGAUAGGUAAUACCAAUGUAUAUUUUCUCUCGCCGCGUCUUUGUCUUGCUCGCAACGUGUUUGAAGUAGACAAUACACGAAUGAUUGCCUUACAAAUUGAACAACAUAUUUGUCAU